AUGUCAUUUCUCCGAUCAGAGGAAUUCGAGCCAACAACAUUCAUUGAACUGCCGCCAUUUACUACCCCAUUGCAACCAAACCCCGUGGUUCUACUUGCAAUUUUGGCACUUUGUGCUCGGUUGCACAAGGCACUUCCAGACGCACUCAAUGCCUCGCUUGAGUUUGGGUGGCAUGCACGAAGGUUGGUACUGGAGGAAUUCGAUAAUCCCACUCUUGCAAACGUGCAGGCAUUGUGCGUACUCAGUAGUCACGAAUGGGGCGAGGGUAAUGCGUCUAGAAGCUACAUGUACGUUGGUUUGGCAGCAAGGAUGGCUAUGAUUCUAGGGCUAAACCAGGAACCAAUAGGAACGAACCCAUUGGAAAAUGAGGUGAGGAGAAGAGCCAUUUGGGGGGUGUAUAUGAUGGACAGAUGCAAUUCAAGUGGACGGAAGGGACAUUCUUGUAUCAGCUUAUUUGAUAUUCACGUGAGACUUCCAGACCACGAGAGGAACUUUAUAUUUGGCGAGCUCCAGACUCAAUACUUUCGAAACGAUAUUGACAAGUUGGAAACUGACAGGACAAAGAUUUCUUGCAACGGAUUCAUGAUUUAUUUGUUUGAAAUUUGGAGGGAGAUAGGAACAUGGGUUGGUGUAACUGGUUCAAAGCUGGAGCCGUUGGCGCCUUGGGACCUGCAGUCUCCAUUUUAUAAAUUGUCAAAAAGAUUAGACCAUUUUGAAGAACAACUACCGGCGGCACUCCACUUUUCACAUCUCGAGGAGCACAUCAGUUAUGGAUCAGCAGCAGACUUUGCCUAUUUCCAUGGACUAUUUUUCCUUUGCAGGAUUUUCUUAAACCGGGAGUACUUUUAUGCCCUGCCAGAUAUUGGACCACCAGGUUGGUGGAAUGCCCUCACUGCUCAACUAUUUGAUACUUUGGAUAAGUUAGACCUGAUUACAAAAAGACUAAAGCCAAUGAAUUUGAUGGUUAUAGCUCCCUUUACUGGAUUCCAAGUGUUUACCGCUGGCGCAACCAGCUUGUACAUUGCGGCCUACCCAGCCAAAGUAUUAAAACAACAUUUCCCAAACCAGCCAACACAAAGGUUCAAAGCAUUGGCAAAGGACUGUUUAACCGAGUUGAAUAGUUGGCGACAAUCAUGGGGCUUGGGCAAAAACUGGAUUGAAACUUUGCACAAGUUGCAGGAGAUGUUUUCGGAAAUGGCUGAUUUGCAAGCCGAUGAAAUACGGCAUAGAGACUACAAAGGAGGAUGA